GGCAGGGCUGCGGGCGCCGGCGAGGGCAAGGUGGUGUGCAGCAGCCUGGAGCUCGCGCACGUCCUGCCUCCGGACACGCUGCCCAACCGCACGGUCACCCUGAUUCUGAGUAACAAUAAAAUAUCGGAGCUGAAGAAUGGCUCGUUUUCGGGGUUAAGUCUUCUUGAAAGAUUGGACCUCCGAAAUAAUCUCAUUAGCAGUAUAGAUCCAGGCGCCUUCUGGGGGCUGUCGUCGCUGAAAAGAUUGGACCUGACGAACAACCGAAUAGGAUGUCUGAAUGCAGACAUAUUUAGAGGACUCACCAAUCUGGUUAGACUAAAUCUUUCAGGGAAUUUGUUUUCCUCAUUAUCUCAAGGAACUUUUGAUUAUCUUGGCUCGCUACGAUCUUUAGAAUUUCAGACGGAGUACCUCCUGUGUGAUUGCAACAUCUUGUGGAUGCAUCGCUGGGUGAAGGAGAGGAACAUCACCGUGCGGGACACCAGGUGUGCUUACCCCAAGUCCCUGCAGGCCCAGCCCAUCACAGGUGUGAAGCAGGAGUUGCUGACGUGUGACCCUCCCCUCGAAUUGCCGUCAUUCUAUAUGACUCCAUCUCACCGCCAAGUUGUCUUCGAGGGGGACAGCCUGCCUUUCCAGUGUAUGGCCUCGUACAUCGAUCAGGACAUGCAGGUGCUCUGGUAUCAGGACGGGCGAAUCGUGGAAACGGAUGAAGCUCAAGGCAUCUUUGUUGAGAAGAACAUGAUUCACAACUGUUCGCUGAUCGCAAGUGCCCUCACCAUCUCUAAUAUCCAGGCUGGAUCCACUGGGAAUUGGGGCUGUCAUGUCCAGACUAAGCGUGGGAACAAUACGAGGACAGUGGACAUCGUGGUCUUAGAAAGCUCUGCCCAGUACUGUCCUCCAGAGAGGGUGGUGAACAACAAGGGUGAUUUCAGGUGGCCCAGGACGCUGGCGGGCAUCACCGCAUAUCUCCAGUGCACACGAAACACCCAUGCCAGUGGCAUCUACCCUGGGAACCCGCAGGAUGAGAGAAAGGCUUGGCGCCGAUGCGACCGGGGUGGCUUUUGGGCCGAUGAUGAUUAUUCUCGAUGCCAGUAUGCAAAUGAUGUCACUAGGGUCCUGUAUAUGUUUAAUCAGAUGCCUCUCAAUCUUACAAAUGCUGUUGCGACAGCCCGACAAUUACUGGCUUACACCGUGGAAGCAGCCAACUUCUCUGACAAAAUGGAUGUUAUAUUUGUGGCUGAAAUGAUAGAAAAAUUUGGAAGAUUUACCAAAGAGGAGAAAUCAAAAGAGCUUGGCGACGUGAUGGUUGACAUCGCAAGCAACAUCAUGUUGGCUGAUGAACGUGUCCUGUGGCUGGCACAGAGGGAAGCCAAGGCCUGCAGUCGGAUUGUGCAGUGUCUCCAGCGCGUGGCCACCUACCGCCUGGCAAACGGAGCUCAUGUUUAUUCAACAUCUUCACCCAGCAUUGCCCUGGAAGCAUAUGUCAUCAAGGCUGCUGGCUUCACCGGGAUGACGUGCACCGUGUUCCAGAAAGUGGUGGCCCCUGACCGGACGGGGCUGUCUGACUAUGGGAGGCGGGAUCCAGACGGCAACCUGGAUAAGCAGCUGAGCUUUAAGUGCAACAUUUCCAACACCUUUUCAAGCCUGGCGCUGAAGAAUACUGUUGUUGAAGCUUCUAUCCAGCUCCCUCCAUCCCUUUUCUCACCAAAGCAGAAAAGAGAAGUCAGACCCACGGAUGACUCCCUGUACAAGCUCCAGCUCAUCGCGUUCCGAAAUGGCAAGCUCUUCCCGGCCACCGGCAACUCCACCAAGCUGGCCGAUGAUGGGAAACGGCGAACGGUGGUCAGCCCUGUAAUUCUCACUAAAAUAGAUGGUGUCAACGUCAACACGCAGCACGUUCCCGUUAAUGUGACUCUCCGUCGCAUCGCACAUGGGGCAGAUGCUGUCGCAGCCCAGUGGGACUUCGAUCUGCUGAAUGGACAAGGAGGCUGGAAGUCAGAUGGCUGCCGUAUCCUCUACUCUGACGAAAACAUCACCACCAUCCAGUGCUAUUCCCUCAGUAACUAUGCCGUUCUAAUGGAUUUGACGGGCUCUGAGCUGUACACCCAGGCGGCCUCUCUCUUGCAUCCCGUUGUGUAUACCACUGCUGUCAUCCUCCUCUUGUGCCUCCUGGCCGUCAUCGUCAGCUACAUAUACCAUCACAGUUUGAUUCGCAUCAGUCUAAAGAGCUGGCAUAUGCUCGUGAACUUGUGCUUUCACAUCUUCCUGACCUGUGUGGUGUUUGUGGGAGGCGUAACCCAAACCAGGAACGUCAGCAUCUGCCAGGCCGUUGGAAUAAUUCUUCAUUAUUCCACUCUUGCCACGGUGCUCUGGGUGGGAGUGACAGCUCGAAAUAUCUAUAAACAAGUCACCAAAAAAGCCAAGAGAUGCCAGGAUCCUGACGAACCGCCGCCGCCUCCAAGACCGAUGCUCAGGUUUUACCUGAUUGGUGGUGGCAUUCCCGUCAUCGUCUGUGGCAUAACAGCUGCAGCGAACAUCAAGAACUACGGCAGCCGGCCAAACGCCCCUUACUGCUGGAUGGCCUGGGAACCGUCGCUGGGUGCUUUCUACGGACCUGCCAGCUUCAUCACUUUUGUGAACUGCAUGUACUUCCUGAGCAUAUUUAUUCAGCUGAAGCGACACCCCGAGCGCAGGUACGAACUCAAAGAGCCGGCCGAGGAGCAGCAGAGACUGGCGGCCAAUGAAAACGGCGAGGUCCCCCACCAGGAUUCCAUGUCCCUGUCGCUCAUCUCGACGUCAGCCCUGGAGAACGAGCACACGUUUCAGUCCCAGCUGCUGGGGGCCAGCCUCACCUUGCUGCUGUACGUGGCUCUGUGGCUGUUCGGGGCCUUGGCUGUGUCCCUGUAUUACCCUCUGGACUUGGUGUUCAGCUUCUUCUUCGGCGCCACCUGCUUGAGCUUCAGCGCCUUCAUCAUGGUCCAUCACUGCGUGAGCCGGGAGGACGUGCGCCUGGCCUGGAUCAUGACCUGCUGCCCAGGGAGGAGCUCCUAUUCCGUGCAGGUCAACGCCCAGCCGCCCAGCACCAGCGGGCCCAACGGCGAGCCCCCCAAGUGCACCAACAGCAGUGCAGAGUCCUCCUGCACCAACAAGAGUGCGUCCAGCUUCAAAAACUCCUCCCAGGGCUGCAAACUGACCAAUCUGCAGGCGGCUGCCGCCCAGUGCCAUGCCAGCUCGCUGCCCUUGAACUCAGGCCCUCAGCUGGACAACAGCCUGACCGAGCACUCGAUGGACAACGAUAUCAAGAUGCAUGUGGCGCCCCUCGAAGUCCCCUUUCGAGCCAACGUGCACCCCGGGCGCCACCACAAAAACAGAAGCAAGGGCCACAGGGCCAGCCGACUGACGGUGCUGAGAGAGUAUGCCUACGACGUGCCCACCAGCGUGGAGGGCAGCGUGCAGAACGGCUUGCCCAAGGGCCGGCCGGGCAGCGGCGAAGGCCACUCGAGGAGCCGGAGGGCGUACUUGGCCUUCAGGGAGAGGCAGUAUAACCCACCCCAGCAGGACAGCAGUGAUGCGGGCAGCACGCUUCCCAAGAGCAGCCGGAAUUUCGAAAAGCCCAUGCCAGCCGGUAGUAAAAAAGAUGCAUUGAGGAAGCCCAUCACCGUUGAACUUGAGGGGCAGCAGAAGUCUUACGGCCUCAACUUGGCCGUUCAGAACGGCCCAAUGAAGAGCGGCGGGCAGGAUGGGCCCGUGCCCGGCCCAGACAGCACUGGCAACGUUCGGACGGGCUUAUGGAAACACGAGACUACUGUGUAG